CAUUUAUGUUAAUACUUUUAGUGACGUAUACAAGAACUUGUUCAGAGGGUCUUUCACCUUUCUAGGGGGUAGGGGGGCGCUCAGCACUUCGUUGGGGCCUUAAAAGCCUUAGAAUUCAUGAUCCUGGCCCUACUAUUAUAGCCCCCCAUUGGAUGUUUUAAAACUAUUUGACAUUCUAAAUUUCGAUGAUUCUGUAGAAAAUUUCCUUAAAUCACUUCACACACAUUUAUCCACGAUGUGACGCGAUAUUGAUUAUUUUCAUCAAAAAUCUAUUUUGUCAAAAUUUUAGAAUUAUAAUUUUCAGCACAAAAAGUAAAACAUUAUUUGCACACUGGUGUCGAAGGAGGAGACGUGGUAUUAAGAACUCUUGAAAAUGCAAUUUUUUAAUGAAGAUACAAUAUUUUACUUUUUCAUACUGCUUAACUAUCAGUUUUACAACAUAAUGGCAAAAUACUGGUUUGCUGAUUAUUUUCUGCAAACACUAGUCAAAAUAAAACUAAAAUUUUAAGAUUUGAUUCCGUAGAUUGUAUCAAAACAUAAAAAAUAACAAUACAUAGUAUUAUUGAUUUCAAAGCUCUGAAAAACGGGGCUAAGAAAAAGUAUUAAAACAUCUAAUAUAGAACCACUGUGCUCUGAAUGGUCAUUGAAGCAUGCAUGUAUGACGAUCCCCCACUGUGCCCGCCGUCAUCUUAUCCUGAGCGCGUUUGGAGUGCGCGAUGCUUUGGAGAAAUACAACCGCUGGGCCGAGAUCAACGGAGUUCCGAGAUUUCAACGUCAGGCAGUUCAAGCAGAACAAGCAGUUGUUAACACAGUGAAUAGAAGAGCAGACAUAUUUGUUCCACACAGGCCUAAACUGGGAGGAGGGAAGCAGUUCCUAGGAAGUGAUAUUUCACAGGUGCUGUCUAAUGAUUUGGAAGUGGAGGGGGAACUAAUUAAUCUUGAGAGAGGAGUCAGAAAUUCAUUAAAAACAAAGGCCGUAGCAGAACUAGCUGAACCUGUUCCUCUUUACAAGCUUAGAAAGAGGUUUCCGCUAGGAUACGGUAGAAGAAGGCGAAGCGCCCAAAAUACAUGGACUUUACUAGAUCCAAACACAGGCAGACCAAUCAAGUCAGCAGAACCUGACGCAUUCCUGCGUCCUGAACGGCAGGGAAAUGGUGUCAUCAAUCAGGAACUAGAAGAUCUACAGAGCACUAAACAGUUUCAGGAUGCCCAGCAGCAGUUUCAAGAAUAUCUAGAGUUUAAGAGAAAGCAUCCCUACUCUGGUUAAAUGAGCUGAAUAUGUGGAUUGGCAAGAUAAAUGUUAUAAAUCCAUAUUUAUUUCAAAUAUCUAUAUAUAUAUAAUAAAUGUUACCUAUUAUUAA